AUGGAUCUCCUGACCGAGUCUCUAAUUAAGAAUUGUAAUAUGUACUUGGUCUUUGAUUUCAUCCUUAACUCAAACAACCGCGUACUCUGUCUCUUUCAUAUCAGUCACAACUGGCCUGACGCCGAUAACAUCAAAAUUCUGACGGGCGUGCGGAAGGCAAUGGCUCCAUAUAGUCGCGUCCUCGACGCCAACAAAUGUUCCGCCGACUUGCCUGCCAGUGGUUUAUUCAAGCCCGCUCACGGGCCUCUUCUGUCUAAUUUUGAGGAGGGCAGGAUUCGGCAGUACAACAUUGAUAUUCACAUGAUGGUUGUAUUGAACAGCAUGGAGCGCUGCCUCCAUGAUUUUAUUAGGCUUGGGAAUGCGGCAGGUUUGCAGUUUGAGAGGGUUUGGGAUCUUGGGGAUAUGGGAGCUGUGGAAUUGAAGUCAGGGCCAAGCUAUAAAAUUAAACGACUCAGUACUGGCUGUAAUUUUAACUACAUGAGAUAG